CAUUGUUUUGUCGGCGUUCUUUCUUGAACUAGGUCAGUAUCAUGUAAUUACUUUCCGUGGCGAGCACUACGGUUUCGAGAGCGACACCAGAUACGGGAGAAACGUCCUUCAGCCGAAAGCAUAAACACUGAAAAUAUGCAGCUUAAGCCAUGACCACACCUGUAACCAAAUUUUCCGUCGACCCUGGCGUCUACUUCGUCACACUGUACGUCGAGGGCCUGGAUUUUUUCGAAGCCUCCCCAACCGAGCUUUUCGCGACGUGUCUCGCACAGCAGCAAAGCAGUGUCGGUUCGUUGUUGCAGUCGCCGCCGAGCUACCAGUUGCGCUGGCGGUUGGUUUCGGAUCCGGCUGCGGGACAGGAAGCUGUUGUUCCUGCUUCAGGAUCAUGUAGUGCGGGGACCAAUUGUUCCGACACAGCAGAGGUAGCUCCAGCCACCGCUUAUUCCGCACCGUUUUCCUUUGCCACGGGGUUGAGCAGCAUCCACUUUCUGAGCGUCAAAACCGCUAACGAGGGUACAAAUGAAUUUCCGGAAAGGUUCUUUCCGGACCAAGAGCUCGAACUGACUUUGCUGCUCAGUACGACGAACAGCAAGAGGACAGCUUCAUUAGAAGUCUUGCAGCCGGAACACCAAGAGCAAGGCCAAAAACAGAAUGAUCAGCAAGAAGCAGCCGCAUCCUGCUCCAAGCCCGUGGCGGUUGGCAGAAUCAAGUUGAAAGAGCUUCUGAAGGGGAACGCCGAUGAUGUUGAUGAAGAGGAAAAUAGUAGUACUUCCGAACAAGCUCAAUAUGGAAACGGCAACAAAGUUAUUUCCAGCAGCAAUACCUCCUCCCUCUGUAGUCCACCGCUGCUGGCUACUUCGCGGCUACACACGGCUCGCCGCCGGAGGGAGCGGACUGGCAACAAACUUCUACACAAGAACGCAAGUUUGGAACUGUUCAGUUUCGCGGGACAAGAAGAAGAAGAGGAACCACAAGAUUCGCGGUCUCUGAGCGACGCUUUGUCGAGGCUGGAAAAGGAUCUGAACGCGUCCAUGGAGAAGUAUAACCACGCAGAAGAUCAUCUUCAUCCUGCAAAUAUGCAUGCGAAAGAGCAGCGCGGCAAGAAGGAAUCAACCGCAGUAGAUUUCUUGGACGGAAAGCUCCGGUGCUCCUACAUUCCGCUUUUUCAAAAAAAAUCCGAAAGCAGCGACGGAAAGAACGACGAGAAGCUGCAGUUGGAAAGAACAAAUACCACUGACAGCGCCGACCCCGAAAUCGCCGAAGCGACGCUGUUCUGCGCGGCUCAACCAAGAUGGCAGCAGCGGCGGGAUAGAAGUGAAAAUCCGGCUGUUAGUUCGACUUCGACCAAAGAAGUUGAUGUGGUUGCCGCAGUCCAGAGAAAGCUUUUUCAGGAACAGCAAGAGCAGCAGAAAGACAUCAGUUUGUGUCACUUCAUUUCCACAACAAAUGUCAACGACAUCCAGGCGCAGACGGUGUUGCAGCAUUUACUCGGCGGGACAAACAAGAACCAUGAAGAUUAUAACCACAGUAAUUUUGUCACCGACAGUCAACAGUCCCUAUUACUCGACGAGCUGGACAUUGCCGACGACGACGACUCCAAGAGCUCCUUCGCUUCCGCACUUGGGCAGUCGUUUGACGCCGGGACGAUUUUGACACGAGCACAAUCAGGCGAGAACUACAACGCACAAAGUAAAAAUAGCAUGAAACAAGACCUGUUACCUGAUCUCGGCACCCCGAUCGGGCACGCAGCCUCUCCGUUUUUGCUGACUACGCCGUUUGAAGAUCGGGCUUUGAUCGAGUCGCUGGACGUGAAUUUGAUGCCAGCGCUGGUCGUCGGAGAAGGUUCUUACAGAGCAGGGAAGAAAACGCAACAAUUUUUAUUUCCGAACCAAAUCAGCACACCAAGAAACCGUGGCGCCGGAAGUACUGGUUCGGGUGCAUCUUCACAGCAAAAAUGGCUUUUUGAACAACAAGCGCAGGAGCAAGUACUAGCGAACGUCCCGCGGCCGCACCACGCACAGCACCAGAGCGGGAAGAUGAGGAUGAGGGCGGUUAGAAUGAUCGGGAGUAGUUCGUCGAAGAACCUCAGUACUGCCAGUAGUUUUCGCAGACAGUUUCUGCUUCCGAGGACACAGCAUCUGUCCAUUGAGCAGGAAAAGAUGUUGCAUCGCCUGAAAGAGCUGCAGGGGCGGAUAGCAAAGCAUCGCCGUGGAGGUGGAAAAACGGACCGAGCGACCGAGGAGGGAGCGACGGCAAGGCAUACUUCGUUCCUGUGUGGUUUUCCGGUCGUUGAGCAGCAAAUUUUGGAGGUGAUCGAGACUGCGAUCAGAUACCUACGGGAGCAGGAGGAAGAGCAGGAGGAGAAACUUGGUGAAGGGUUGGUAGAGAAAGAAAACUGCUUGAAAAACAGAAACUAUCCUCAUUCUCACCUGCAGGAUCUGCUUUCCUUGCAGUACGCAUUCAGAAGGACAGCUUCACAAUUGCAACAAGCCUCGUAUUGAAAUAAGUUAAAGUCAACUCGUUUCGUGGACUAGCUACACCGGGUUACACUUGAUCUACCACCUGGCGUAGAAUGAAGCUGGUUGCAAUGGGUGUUUUUGCAACCGUCGACUGUUUUGUGAGUUUGCUUUUGUCGAAAUGAGGAAGAGAAUAGCUGAGUGACGAAUAUUGGAGGAUUGUUUCCGAGUGAGUCUCAGUACUACGUUCGGACUGUUUGGAUCGUCAGCUCUGUCGCUUCGUUUGGGUGCACUACAUGAUCCAUGAAAAUGCGACUACAUCA